GCGCAUGCGAAGGAAGAGAUCGGCCUGUGCGUUCCCCGAACUACGGUGGCCCGGAGGGUGGUGCUGUUCGUUUAAUGGCGGUGUGAAGGCAGGGUCUCCCAACCCAGAUCUCCGACAGGUAACUGGGAGUGGCAGCGGAGCUCCGCGGAGGGGAAAGCGUGUGUGCGGCUGACUGAGAGCCUGAUCCAGGGGUCUAAGGCUGGGGAGGCGGCAGUCCCCAGGAAGCGAGGAGAGGGACGCCUGGUGCCGCAGCACCCCCUCAGCGCUCUUCAAAGGAGGGUGCCGGGUCCGUGGCUCAUCUUCCCGUCCCUGAGGCCCCAUUAGCUACCAGGCUGAACUUCCCUCGCCUGUGGAAAAGAGGACUCUUUUUUGGAAUGGCGGUGACGCUUCAAGAGCUUUUCUUCAGGGACAGCGACCCUCACGGAUUUCUGACAAUGAAGGGGAAAGGAGAAUGGAAAAUACGCGAGAUGGACAUGUUUAUUGAGUGCCUGUAUUCAUUUAGCAAGUGUUUAGUGGCCGGGCACUCUUCUAGCGGUCAGGGAGACGACGGUGAACGGGGUAGAUACAAUCAAUGGUCCUCGUGGAACUUUCGCUUUGACAGGGGAGAUAGAUAAACAAAAUAAUUACAUAGGGUUAGGUUAUAGAAAGAAAGUCAAGGAGAAUAAGAGGAUCGAGUUUGACUAGGACAUGUCGACUAUUUUAGAUAGGUGGUCAGGAAAGGUCUCUGAGGAAGUGACAUUUGAGCGGCGAUCUGAAUGGGGAGGAACAACCGUGGCAAGAUCUGGGGUAUGGAGCUGGGCGGAGGGAAGAGUUUUGCAGGCAGGUAGAAUCAACAGCGCAAAGCCUCUGAUCCUGGAAUAACCUUUGAUGUUUAACAGAAACUGCAAGAAAAAGACCAGCGUGCGUGAUCAAGCAGAGUGGGUUUUCCUGAAGAAACGUCUUAACAGAUUUGUCGCAUUUCUGAGACUGAUAGUUACGGUUUGGAAUUGUCAGCUUUCUCAUGAGAUACAUUUUGGCAAUCCCAAUGAAAGCUUUCCUUGACGUUUUAGAACAAUUAUACAAGAAGGUCCUUCUGGGAGUCACACUUGAAAAUGAGAACCAUGAUUACAUCUUUUAUCUCGACCCAGCAUCUUUGGAUCAAGACUGCUCUACAAUGACGUCUUUGGAAUGCCCAAACCCCCAUGGUGUCCAGGACAAGCAUCAGCCAUCCUCUGCCAAUUUGGCUACCAUUUCUGUAUUGCCUAUGUGUUUGGAGAAACACUCACCAAUAGGCAGUGCCCGAGAAAUAGUGCUCCUUCAGUUAACAGUAAUCAAGGUGAUGAUAACCAGAAUAUUGUCUGUUGAAACUGACUUCCGUGCAAAGGAGAAAUACAGAGAUGUAAUUAAAAUUCUUUUGAAAUCAUCUGACAUCGAUUCUAAAUUAACCUGUAUGUUCCAAGACUCGGAUAAAUUGUUAUCUCACAUGGCUGCAAAGUGCCUUGCAUUACUUCUGUAUUUCCAGUUGAGAGAAAAGAUAACAUUUAGCAAUUCCUGGAUUGCUUUUUGCCAAAAAAAUCUUUCUGAAUACCCUGAAAAUGAGAAGGCAGGAUACUGCCUCUGGACCCUGACUUUUAUAAUAAAAGAAAUCUUUAAAGAUACAUGUUCACAGAAAACAGAAAUUUUAAAGCAGUUCCUGUCUCCUUUUGACACUAUUUUCAAAGUUUUUUACAGUUUGUUAUUUUCUCAUCAUUUUGAAAGCUGCCAAGAUACCUCUAAAAUAAUAAACAGCUUGAUAUGUUCCCUGGAAUUACUUGAACUUCUUAUAGCUUCCAGAAUCCACCUGAAGCUACAUUUCACUUGCCAGAGGAUUUUAUUUUUGAAACCUUCUUGUGUGCUGGACGUUAUUACCUGGCCCGUUCAGGCUUUUGUCAAAAGGAAAUUCAUCAUUUUCAUCAAAAAGUGCCUUCUCUGGAAAGUGGGUGAAGACCUGUGUCAGGGAGCUAGCCCUAUCCUAUUGCCGCCAGAUCAGCAUUUAGAUGUAGAUAUCUUGGCUUUAGCGGAUGCUAUCUUGCGAGCUGUGGAUUUGGGCUUAUUGAGGACGUUGUCUGUCCAUGGAAAGCCUCCCCGCUUUGGUGGAGAGGAAGUUCAGCCUACAUGUGAACGUGCCCCUGGUCCAGAUCAUGUUAUUCUCAGAGCAGCAAGCCUGCUUAUCAUUAAAUCCUUAGAAAUCAAGUUUCAAAGUUGUACUUCAGCAAACGAAAUGAAAGUUGAUUUACAGAGUUUCAUGUCUGAGUUACUGACCUUCUUAAAGCCCCACCUUCAGCCCUCUCUUCAGUCACACAAUCCGUGUGAGUGGAUCUCCAGGGUCUUCAUAGAACAGGACGAUGACAUGUUGGAGGCUGCCAAGGCAUCAUUGGGCAUCUACCUAAAGUUGACCAGACAACAUAAAGCUACUGAAAGCUCGACCCAAGAAAAAGAAAUGUGGAAUCAUCACACACAUGAAUAUGGCUAUAAUCCACACUGUAUUUUCUUAUUCUUACUGAAAAAUAUAGGAUUUGAUUCUUCAGUUCUUCUUGACUUUCUCAUUUCAUCAGAAACUUGUUUCCUUGAAUAUUUUGUUAGAUACUUAAAAUUACUACAAAAAGACUGGGCUAUUUUUUUCACAAUUUGUAAGGAUUUUGACCUAACAGCAUCUAAAGAUAGUAUAAAUAUUUGCAGUUGUAGCUCCUCACUUGUCCAGGACAGAAGCAGCAACCAAACAGAACUUAGCCCUUCAGCUGCUUUUGGUCGUCCCAGAAGUGUUCAUGCUUCAGUGUCCUGGGCUUCUGAUUUUUCUUCUGGAUCUCUGAGCCAGCUCGUGAUGUCCAAGGAGACCCACACCACACUCCAGGCUGAUAGUCUGUCUCCCCGCCGAGCCUCCCACAGUCUCGUGGAUUAUGACAGCUCUGAUGAUUCUGAAGCAGAAGGCACAGACCAGCACUCAGCGAACAGUAAACAAAUAUCUUUACACCAAGAAGCAAUGAAGAAAUCUCAGGACAUAGUUGGAACAGGUAUGGAUAAAAAACAGCUCAGCCUGGAGCAUCAGUCCAGGCCUCUGGUUCCAAAACAGUCUAAUAUUACCUUCUCUGUGGAUUGUGAUAAUGUCCCAAAGAACAUCUCUGAAGUGGGCGUAUCCUACAGGACGCUGAAGUGCUUUGAAGAGCUACAAAGUGCCAUUUACCGUUUGCAGAAGAAAAAUCUUUUCCCAUAUAAUGCCAUACCACUUUUGAAGUUGUUGAAACAUAUUGAGGCAAUAUAUAACGAGAGUAUGAACACUUUGUGAAACAGCAGCAUUUUAUUUCCAGGAACUGUUUUUCCCUGCUAUAAAUUGUGCCGUAAUGAGAUCAUCAUAAAAAUAAAUAAAUACCCUCAAAAGCG